AUGCAGUCCCCAACUACUGCGCGGCCUCAUCCCCCCUUCGGAGACCCGGCCCUUUCUCCUCAACAUUCUCCCACCGUCGCCAACGCUACUAUGGCAUCUGCUUCCGGUCGCAGUUCCUCCGCCGCCUCGGGGCGCUCCCAAUCUGCGAAGAGUGUGCCCGAUAAGCAAAUCUCUCAGAUCGAAAAGAGCGUCACGCAUCUGCUGGUAGCGACAAAACAACUACUCGAAACCUUGACCCAGUGGUCCCGAAAACAGGCCUCCGAGACCGAUGUAUCCGAUGUUUAUGUUCGUCUAGGGUAUGAGUUUAACCUGGCAUGCCGUGCCUUUAAUGCCAUCGGAGUCGAAACAUCCGACCUCGGCCCCGUGCCCGACGUCCUGCGCAGUAUUCUCGAGGAUACCCUAAGCCAAGAUGCCUCCUCGCAGAGCCUUGACCGAUACCUCCCGCAAAUUCGCGAUAUCAUUAUCAACCUGCUACAUGGUCUGAAGAAGAAGCAGGCUCGCCUACGAUCCCGACAGCAGCGGGAGGAGGGUCGGGCUGGCAUGCCGGGUCGCCAGGCGAGCGCUGGAAGCUUGCCCAGCGGCCCAUCAAAUAUUGGACAGUUAUAUGACGAGGCGGCUGCCUCGACGAUGCCACAGACCACGGUGACUUCGCCAAGGCGGUCGGCUCGUCGAUAUGGCAGUAAUGGGUCUCUCGAGGACACACCGGCGGGUCAGCGCACCUCUCCCACUCAUGGCGAGCCGCCACGGGGCACGAGUUACUCGGAGCGAGAGGCGUCAAGGCGGGAAACCCAGCAGAUGCUCACUCAGCCAUCCCCCCAAGAAAGUGAAGCGACUCCAAGGCCGGCCGCCUCUUCAGCCUCGGCGACUCCCACAAAUUUCCCAGCUCCACCGCCACCGCCGAAGGAGGAGGAUGCCUUAGGCGCCCUACAGCGCAGCGGCGAGCUGGAACGACGUGCAUCUCGCCGGUUUUCAGCUUAUCAGAUUCAGAAACAUCUAGGUAGUUCGACCAACGGAGUGCCCGUUCUCCCCACCCAGAACUCCCCGAUUCCCAACAGGGGACGAGAUGUUCGUGAAUCUCUCAACGCCGUUCGCCUGCGAGGCUCGUAUACCCAUACAAGGCAACGCUCGUCGAACCGGACCCAGGAAAUUCCGAAAAGCGGCCCGGCGCAAGCAGCCGCAAACAUCCCUCAGGCGGUGGAGGAGGAACAAAGCACCCAAGCCAAGGCCCCCGCGGUGGAAUCAGAGACCGUCAAACCGCCAGCACCCUUAGCUGAUCAACCUCCUCCGCCCGUUGAAAAGGAGCUGCCAGAUGCCCCUGCUACCAUCGAGCCAGCGCCCGUCUUCCCGCAGCCACCUAAACGCCCCUCUCUUGGCGACGCCUUUGAUCCUGAGAAAAGCACAACACAAGUGCCUUUACCGGCCCCAGGAACACCACGAGGGGAUCGCUUUACCUCCGCCAAUAUUUCUACUCCCCCUUCUAUCGCUCACUUCCCCGUCGACCAGCCAUCCCCUGGUAAAGAGUUAACCCUGUUCUUGCAGUAUAAGAGCAAAAUUAAGAAGUAUGUGCUCCCCGAGGGCACGGCAGACCUGACCAUUGGACGUUUGCAACUGGCUUUCAUUGAGAAGUUUGCCUGGAAUACUCACAACAACGGCGUCGAUCUGCCUGAAAUCUACAUUCAAGAUCCCAUCUCUGGGAUCCGGCACGAGUUGGAGGAUUUGAAUGAUGUUAAGGACCGUUCAGUCCUCGUUCUGAAUGUCGAUACCUUGGAUGAGGUCAAGAAGCACUUCGACGAUAGCUUUGGUGGUAUGCGCAGUCUAGUGGAGGGCGUGAAGGAGGCACUCGUAGGUCAGGGAACGGCCAUUCAACGAGUCUCAGAUCGUCAACUUGAGGCCACCAAGGAAAUGGCUCGUCUGGUUGCUUCACCACCCGCGUCUAUUGCAGGCUCAACCAACGCCGGCGGAACCCCGAAGACUGCCAUUGCCGGAAGUCGUACACAAAUUGCCGAGCUUCAGAGUUUGCGCCGCGAUCUUGCCGUGCUAAGGCAGACGUAUUCCAACUUUACAUCGGAUAUUACCAGUUCGAUGACUGCCGUGCGCGCCAAGGCAACCAAUGUCAAGACUGCCGCUGACAACGCUGCUACUGCCACCUACGAAGGUGACGCCGGCCGUGCGCGCGUUAACAAGGGCAAGAAGGAGCUCGCUGAUGAAUCGGAGCGUCUUGUUUCUCGAGUCGACGAUUUGCAGGAUCUUGUUGAGGAUCUCCGCAAGGAUGUGGUCCAGCGCGGUGUCCGACCCCUGCCACGCCAGCUGGAGGGUGUCAACCGCGAUAUCAGCACUGCUAUGAAGGAGAUUAAGAAGAUGCAAGACUUCCUGGGCCGCGAGAAGCCUAUCUGGACUAAGAUCUGGGAGAAGGAGCUUCAGUUGGUCUGUGAAGAGCGAGACCAGCUCACCAUGCAGGAGGAUCUGGCGGCCGAUCUUCAGGAUGAUCUGGAGAAGGCUGCUCAGACCUUUGCACUGGUCGAGCAAGCCACCAAGGAGCAAGCAUUGGAGAAGGCUGCCAACCCAGGAGUCACUUUGCGCGCUACAUCCCGCACCCUGGGCAUCGACCCAACUAUUGACCCUGUCAAGGCAAAGGAUAACCUCCUAGGUGAGGUCCGCGCACUGCAGCCUAACCACGAAAGCCGUCUCGAAGCGAUCGAGCGAGCUGAAAAGAAUCGCAAGAAAGAGCUCGAGACGCGGCGAAUCGGCCUUUUCCAGAAGGAACUCGGCUCUUUCGUUCAAGAGGGAAAGCUGAAGAAGAGUGGUGGUGUGGAGGAGGCGGAGCGGUUGCGCAAUGCCAAGGAUGAUCGCAUCCGAAAGGAAGUUUGGGAGAGACAGCAAGCUCGCAAUGCCGAAAUGGAGAAGGCUGAGGCUGAAGCUGCCGCUGCCGCUGCUGCCGAGGAGAAGCCCGAAGGGGAGGAAGCUGGUGACUCUGCAGCAGCGCCGGAUGGUGAAGCCGUUGCCACUCCUAGCGAAGAGGAGGCUCCUAAAGAUGAGACUGCGCCGACUGAAGAUGCCGAGAAGAAGGAUGCCAACCCGGACGAAGCCAGUUAA